CCUCUUUCUCUCUCUUCCCACUUUACACACUCCUCAGCUCUUUCUCUCUCCUCGCCAUUAUCAUCAUCAUCAGCUUUCUCUCUCCUCGAUAUCGCUGUUAAUCAGCUGUCGUUCGUUAAUAUCGAUUUUCGGCGGAACUUCCCAAAACCGCAUUUUUGAUACACUGACUUUGUUCGUAUCUGAGGUGCAUUUUCAGUGAAGAAAAUUGCAUCUCAGAUUUCGAAAUUUUUUGAGCAAUUGGAUAGGAGAGCCUGUAAUGACGAUAUGCGGAGCAGGGAAAGAUGCUAGACCUGUGUAUAUCGGAUGAUGUACUGUGGUCUUAUCAUGCUUUGCUGCCAUGGAAAUUGUUCAGUUGAGACUUGGUCACUUGUACAACGUAUUUGCUGUAGUGAUAUAUAUUCUGGUCGCCGGUAGCAGAGCUCUCAGUCCUGAUGGCGAGGCCCUUAUGAGUUUUAGAACAUCAGUUCCUAACUCAGAUGGCAUUCUUCAAAGGUGGAGACCCGAGGAUCCUGAUCCAUGCAGGUGGAAAGGAGUGACAUGCAAUGCUAAAUCCAGAAGGGUUAUACACUUGAAUCUUUCCUACCACAAAUUGAGUGGACAAAUACCUGCUGACAUUGGGAAGCUUGACCAAUUGGAGAUCCUAGAACUCAACAACAAUAAUUUUUAUGGGAGAAUUCCCUCAGAACUGGGAAAUUGUACAGAGCUGCAAAAACUAUACAUGCAAGGCAACUAUUUAAGUGAACAGAUUCCCAGUGAGCUGGGGAAUCUUACGGGACUUCAAUUUCUUGAUGUAUCAAGCAACUCACUCAGUGGAUCAGUACCUUCUUCACUUGGACAAUUAAGCAAGCUCAUUGCAUUCAAUUUGUCAACGAACUUCCUGGUUGGACCCAUACCAUCAGAUGGGGUGCUUGUCAAGUUUGCUCAAGACUCUUUUGUAGGAAAUCGUGGCCUCUGCGGUAAGCAAAUUAAUGUGGCUUGCAAGAAUGGAGGGACGGGUGGAAUUCCAGGUACUUUUAGGUCAGGUCAAGGCGAUGGAAAGAAGCCGUUUUCGGGAGCCAAACUAUUUAUUAGUGCAUCGGCAACUGUCGGUGCCUUACUUUUGGUGGCUUUAAUGUGUUUCUGGGGAUGCUUUCUGUAUAAGAAACUUGGUAAAAAUGACGCCAAAGGUCUUGCAAUGGAUGUCUGUGGAGGCGCGUCAAUUGUGAUGUUUCAUGGAGACCUUCCUUAUUCUUCAAAAGACAUUAUUAAGAAGUUGGAGAACUUAAAUGAGGAACACAUAAUUGGCUCUGGUGGCUUCGGGACUGUGUACAAAUUGGCUAUGGACGAUGGUAAUGUCUUUGCAUUGAAGAGAAUCGUAAAGUUGAAUGAUGGUUUUGACCGAUUCUUUGAAAGGGAACUAGAAAUCCUUGGGAGCAUCAAACAUCGAUUUCUUGUAAAUCUAAGAGGAUAUUGCAAUUCGCCCUUGUCAAAAUUGUUGAUCUAUGAUUAUUUACCUGGAGGUAGUUUGGAUGAAGCACUUCAUGAGAAAUCUGAGCUGCUAGACUGGGAUACCCGCUUGAAUGUAAUAUUAGGGGCUGCAAAAGGGCUUGCCUACCUCCACCAUGAUUGCUCCCCUCGCAUAAUUCAUCGUGACAUUAAGUCAAGCAACAUAUUGCUUGAUGCGAAUUUUGAGGCCCGUGUUUCUGAUUUUGGACUUGCUAAGUUGUUGGAGGAUGAGGAGUCGCACAUUACAACAAUUGUUGCUGGAACAUUUGGUUAUCUUGCUCCUGAGUAUAUGCAAAGUGGAAGAGCUACUGAGAAGACUGAUGUUUAUAGCUUCGGGGUUCUGGUUCUGGAGGUCUUGAGUGGAAAACGUCCAACAGAUGCCGCUUUCAUUGAGAAGGGUCUGAAUAUUGUUGGUUGGUUGAACUUUCUAGUGACGGAGAAUAGACAACGAGAUAUAGUUGAUCAACAUUGUGAAGGGGUACAGCAGGAAAGCCUUGACGCUCUGUUGUCAAUGGCUAUGCAAUGCGUCUCUUCAUCUCCUGAAGACCGACCUACCAUGCACAGAGUAGUUCAAGUACUCGAAUCUGAGGUGAUGACGCCGUGUCCAAGUGAUUUUUACGAUUCAAGCUCUGAUUAAGCAAAUGUAUUGGGAAUUUGGGAUCUUUCUCUUCUCUUGCGACUUCUAAUAGAACGGAAUUCACAUUGGCAAAAGAACUUUCAGCAGCGGAAUUUGCUAUUUGUUCAUUCUUUUCUGGUGGAAUUUUGCCAUUCAUGGAUUAGGGUUUCUGGUGGAAUUUUUCCAUUCAUGGAUUAGGGUUCGGGGGGCUAAAAUUGAGUAAUCUACGAAUUGUGUGAGUACGGUUUAUUAUUCCAUUUUUAUCUACCAUAGUUUUGGGUCUUUUGCUAUUUUUUCCUUGCAACAUUUGUUGAAGUGUAUAUACUUAUUGUACAAAUUGAGACUCUGUUGGCCAUAAAUGAGCGCGCCUGUUGUUUGUAAAGUAGAAAAUCACUUGAAUAAUUACUAGUUCAUCAGCAUUUCUUUG